UUGCUCUUUUUUUUUUCCAGGAGAUUAUUUGGUGACAAUUGAGGAGAAAAACAAUGCCACCUUCCUACGAGCUUACAUGAACUGGAGAUGCAUGUCAACAGAGAACACUCGCGUUUGUGUCCGGAUGGUGGGUCACAAAAUAGAAGAGUCGUACAAUGAAUCUUCUAAAGUCCAGAUGUCAAUUAUGGAAAUGCCUCUUUCAGACCCACCGUUGUGCAUUUCGUGUUGUCCAGUAAAUGGAGAUCUUCUUGUUGGCUGCAAAAAUAAACUAGUCAUGUUCUGCUUGAAAUAUCUUGUCUUAAAUCAGGAUCUGACUGUAUUGGACUUUGAACUCUCCUUAAUUUUGCACAUUGAUAAUAUCACCCCUACAGAAGUAGCAUUUUGUGCUGGGUACAUAGCUGUAACUACGGAAUUGGAUGUUUUAAUCCUGAAGCUGGAAUCUGUUCAGAAAAGUUCAGAUAAUACUGAACUAUAUGUAAAUCAAAUCAGAGCAGCAGAAAAGCUUGUAGAUGAAGGUAUAAAAGAUGAAGUUCCUUCAGCGUUUUCUUCCCAGCUUGAAACGGAUGACUUUGUCAUCUGUCAGAGGCCUAUGGAACUACUUGGGGAGGAAAGUAGACUAUGCGGAAUACUGGUAACACUGGAAUCAGUAGCGUUAGCUAAGGAAGACACCGAAUGUUUCCAAGUGCGGUACCUCCUAUUCAGGUAAUAAAAAUUGCUCCGGUGUAGUCCUAUACUAU